CCAUGUCUGUUUAGUUUCAGCGCGAGUUUUCUUACUAAGCAGAAGUAGUCUUUCAGAGUGUUUAUUGUGUAUUAAUACUAAAAAUAAUGAUACGUUAGACAACCAGGUAUUUUAUUGGCUGGGUAGCUAUUGGAUAGUUUCUAAAAAUAAUUGCGGAUUAUAAGAAAAUAAUCAUGCUUGGAAUAGUCGGGUAAAUGUUUCUAAAAAGUGAGUGAUUGCACAGAACAUCAUUUGAACAUGGGAUGUAUAUAUUCAAAGACACGAAAAGAAGCCCUACGGAAGAAUAAGUCAGUGAAUACCCAGUAUCGUAAAAAGUACCUGCCUGCCAACACAGGUGAUGGAGACAAUAACGGGAACAGCCAGACCCCGACACUGCCUGAGUUCACCGACUGUCAAAAAGACCUGGUGACCAAGUCGUGGACAGUUGUUAAAGCCGACAUGGACCAAGUUGGUAUCAAUAUGCUUAUGAAGCUGUUUACCAGUCAUCCAGACGUACAGGACGUUUUUGCGCCAUUCAGAGGUAUGAGCCCAGAGGACCUCAGCCAGAGUAACCAGCUCCGCUCACACGCCAUGCGGGUGAUGGGUACUGUGGACAAGUGCCUUAGCUGUAUAUACGAGUCAGAUAAAGUCGUUAAAAUCCUCAAGGAACUCGGCUCAAGACACGUUAUGUACACGGCCAAGGUCGACUAUAUGGAUUUGAUCGGACCGCAGUUUAUCCUGGCGAUUCAGCCUGUUUUGGACGACGAGUGGACUCCGGAACUGGAACAGGCGUGGUCGGACCUUUUUAAGUUGAUAGCUUUCAUCAUGAAGGCCUCCAUGACCUUCUGAUACUAAACAAUACAUUUGAAUAAGACGCAAACGUAUGGAUUAAACUAUGAUUGGUGUGUGGUUUUAUCUAUUUCCUGCGAGAAGGUUGUGAACACUGAAGUGAUUGCGGAAAGUCUGAUAUUGAUUCAGAAUUCAUACCAUUUUAACAAUGACUAACAAAUUAUAUCAUUAACAUGCCUAUCAUCGGGGUAACAGCUCAUCAAGGGUGUCAAACCUGAAAUUGAAAUAUAAAGCAAUGUACAUUUACACAUCGUUUAUCCGAAUACCGCUUUUUCGAAAUUAUCGCCAUUUUUAUUUAUUCUCUAUAUAUUGUAAAUGUAUUAAUAUUUCUAUUUUCAGGUAAUUGGUUUAUUUAACAUUUAAUGUUACAUUUUCAUGGGUUAAACGCAGAAAUAUAGAUUCUUAUCUGUGUCGGAUGGAUUUAAGAAGUCGUUUAAAUUGUAUUUAGCCCCCAAAUAACAAAAUAAAAAAAAAUAAAAACUAAUAUUGACAAAUAAACCUUAUAAAUGUGUCCAUUUUUCCA